UCCAAGAUGGCGGCAGAUCUGGCGACUUGUCGAAGGCAACUCAUGGAGGCUUUAGGAGAUAAUUCAGAGACGUAUUGGAAUAUGAUGAAACUUUGGUACAAGCAAAAAAUUGGCAAAGAUGAACUUGACACACAGGCAACACAAUGUUUAGGAAAUAACAAUAUUCAUUUUCACAAUAAUUUUUUGCUGGCAAUAUUAGCAAAAUGUCAAGCUCUAGGACAAACGCCAGCUUCUCACCCAAGAACUCCACAAAAACCACCUCAAAAACCUCAACUUAUCAAAAAGAAUAAAGUAAAACGACAGAAACAGUCACUCAAGACAAACUUUGAGCAACGUUUUGUGCCUGCUGAUCCUUUCAAAGAUGCACCACUUAUGUCCCUGAAGGAUAUCAAUGAAGACUGUGAGAUAGGAUUAUGUUCUUAUGAUUUAAUGCUACCCGACACAGCUACAAUACAUGGUCGUCUGUACCUUGGUGCUUGGGAUGCAGGGCUUGAUAAUGUAGCUGAUGAAACAGUUAGUUUGGUACAAUUUGCAACAGAGUACCUCAUAAAAGACAUUUUAUCGAUUUGCUGUGCAAAGAGGAGUGCUUAUCGAUUACGUGAUGGUCACUUCCGGCAUGUUGUGGGAACGGCAUAUCCAAGAAUGCACCUGGUUAACAGUACAGUCAAGUGGCCUCCUGAUGAGAGAACAAUAGAAAAGUCCAGCCAACCUGCUGUAAAUAACAAUCAUGGGAAGACACUUCAGCAGGCGGCAGCUGAAGCAGCCUUGAUUGUAGCAUCAACAGACGAUCAUCGGACAUCAAAAUCUCCCGUUUCUCCUUAUGAUCUUAGAGAUGCUUUACAGAAUCAUCGACGCGUUCUUCCGUCACACACAGUCUACGCAGUGAAUAUCGAACGAAUUUUGUCCAAAUUGUGGCACCCAAGCCAGGAAGAAAUAGAACAAAACCAGCUACACAGACUGGAAGCCAAACGACGCUACGAGCGAUUAAAGCAACAGAGAAGUCUUAGACUAUGAACAACCCAUAUAUUUCUAAAUUAUUUAACGCAAUAUAUAUAUAUAUAUAUCUCCAAAACAACCAAAUGAAACAGUGAGACAAUAACGUGUCUCAUCUUGGAAAUUUCCUGGAAUGAUUACUGACCAGAAGCUAUGUAUAUAGAAAAUUUGUUAUAUUUGUAAUAAUAGCGCGAUGCAAGUGAUUUGAUAUACUAUUCUAAUAAAUUGUUUUGAUAUCUA